CGUCGCGUCUUUUAAGGUGGAACGAAAAGCGUCAAUAAGAAGCUGCGAAUAAGAAGCUAGAUUCAGCCUCGUUAGCUACUAGUUCUUUUGCGACCACUUCAGGUCCUCAAAAUGGCGGAAGACAAGAGAGUGACGCCAGCUGAAACCCAUGUAUAGCAAAAUCGAACGACUCAAAAAUGCUUUGUACACCUUAAAUAAGAGUGACCGAAUACUCUGUCAGUCAAACAGGAUGACGAAUCAGUUGCUUGGUAGGCGGGACAUUUAAAACGCGCCUGAUAUAAAUUCAUAGAGCGCUACUGCGACGACGCAUUGUGCUUAGUGUUUAAACGACUUGUGCGUGUUGUCUGAAGAGACAUUAUUGUUUAAGAAUGCGUGAUAUUUGGAGGUCAGAAAGAAGGUCUUAAAGUAUAUAGCCUUAAACAAUAAACCUAGUAAUUUUAGAUAAAUGCAAAUGAAUCUCUUAGUAUUUUCAGAUAUGAUGGGAGACAGCAAUGAGAGCGGCGUAAUAAACAGAUCCAUCAGUGAUCGAGAGCGCUUCAAAAGCUUGGAAGACAUUGAUGUGACUGCCGAUGAAAGCCUAGUGCUGAGAUUCAUAAUCUCCAUCACUUACUCCGUGGUUUGCGUCGUAGGUUUAAUCGGGAACCUGUUGGUCUUCUUCUUCAUUCGCGUGACACAAGAGAGACGCAAAUCAAAAAUCAACUAUUUUAUCCUCAAUUUGGCCGUAACGGAUUUUCAGUUUGUGCUCACUUUGCCUUUCUGGGCCGUGGACACCGCAUUGGACUUCAGCUGGCCGUUUGGAGACGCCAUGUGUAAGAUCGUACUUUCUGUGACUGUGAUGAACAUGUACGCCAGUGUCUUCUUCCUGACCGCCAUGAGCGUCACUCGGUACUGGUCAGUGGCAUCCGCGCUCAAGGACAGCACCAGACAAACCAGUUGCUCCAUUAAGUGGGUCAGCGUCAUCCUCUGGUCUCUGGCUACCGUAGCCACAGCGCCAACAUCCAUCUUCUCAACAGUCACUAACGUGGCCGGCGAAAAACUUUGUUUAUUGCGAUUCCCUGACGGACAGCACUGGUUGGGGGUCUAUCAUCUCCAGAAAAUCCUGAUCGCGUUUGUUAUACCCAUGGGAAUAGUUUCAGUUAGCUACCUGCUGCUGUUGAGGCUCAUCAGACAGCGCAGCAUGAAGCAAAAUUCAAAACGAAGAACGCAAGUCACAAAGUCCGUCACCAUUGUGGUGCUGUCGUUUUUUCUCUGCUGGAUGCCCAAUCAUGCCAUAACGUUUUGGGGCGUGCUGGUCAAAUUAAAUGUAGUGCACUGGGAUAAAGCUUACUAUAUCGUUCACACCUAUGUGUUUCCAGUGACAGUGUGCUUAGCGCACGCAAACAGCUGUUUAAAUCCACUUAUUUACUGUCUCAUGAGAAAAGAGUUUAGGAAAAAACUGAAGGACCUGUUUCUGCGGGUCUGAACGCACUGUGUUGCACUUUAAAAGCAAAAGAAAAAAGAUGGUAUUUUUUCUGUUAACAGUACGGCAAAAUCUAGUUUCUUGACUGUGUGCAAUAAUAUAACUGCUUGUGUCAUGAUAUAUUUAUGCCGCUAUAUUUCAACGUUGUAUUAUAUGUGUGAAACUCUUCCAAGUGUUUCCUUAUUAUUGCAGUAAAGUACAUUGCCUAUAAUAAAACCACAACAAAUUUUGCAACAAAGAAGGGAAUGUAUUUUCCCAUUCAAUUACUGUAGGCCAUUUUCUUUUAGAUGACAAAUUUAAUCUAUUACUCUCAGAAAAAACUUGUACUGAGGCGGUUCUUAAAAGGUCCAUUUUGGUACAGAUAUGUACCUUUGAGGUAAUAAUGUUUUCAAAAAGUACACUUUUGUACCUUAUAGGUACAAAAGUCUACCUUUUGAAAAGGUAUAGUGACAACGUUUGUACCUUUUUUUUCUGAGAGUGAAUUUCUGAUAUUCAUUAUAAAAUUCUUUAAUUCUCAUUCAGAAUAGAAAAGUGAAUCCUCACAAACAAUUUGCAAUUAUUUCAAAUAAUUAAACUAAUAAUGUGACACUGUCUGGGAAAUCCAGGCUUAAGACUUUUAAUCUAAGUAUAAAUAAAGAAUAUCAGAGUUUGAUUUAACUAAUUGAUUUCACACUCAGUCAAUAUCAAUAGACUAUAUUUUACAGAAUGUCCUUUACAUUAUGUAGGAUGAUUUAAAAAUAAAUGACUUUAGCUGGAUUUUCACGGACUGGGUCACAAACAAAAAGGACAUUUACAAACUUUAUUUCAUUAGUAAUUGGAUAACCAGUAUCCAGUUGUAUGUCCAAUUUGUUGAUUUCCUUUUCUCUCAGUUGCGCUCUCUUUAUAUCUCCCAUGAUGGGACCACAUUCUGGUUGUAAAUUGUAAAUGAUUAUACUCUCACCGUGUGUUUUUCAUAUACGUCCCUAUCAGUCUUGUGUCAUUCUCAGUUACUGACACACACUUAUAGGCGCUUGAGAUACCACCAUCAUCAGAGCUCUGGGAAUACAAAUACAUCAGGCUAGUUAGAAAUAUGUUUCAUUUUGUCAGGCAUGGCCAUAUCAGUCUGCUUGCAGACAUCCAAACAUGUUACAGUAUCUUUUAGAAAUAACAGCUCUGCUGCAUCAUCCGGUUAAUUAUCCAUAAAAGGGGCAGUUGGGUUCGUAACUGAUGUCAGUGCUUAACGUCUUGUUAAAUUUUGGUUGCUUUAAAUCACUUACACAGAAAGCUAAUGAUGGUCAUUUGCGGGCAAUUUGAAAAUUUAAAAAAGACAGUACAUCUGUUGCUGUUUACAGUCAUACACACACAGGAACCCUUUAAUGGAUACUCAGCUUUAGAGGUGUUGUUCUUGAUGAUUUUAUGUUGGUUAUGAUACGUCACAUGGCAAUGAUCUGGUCAAUAGUAAAUCUUUUUAUAUACAAAUAUUUUUCCAACCAAAGGACAGACCAAAGGUGACAGUAUUCUGUAGAAAAAAAAUGAAUAUAUGCCUGUUUGUUGGUGUCAUUUUAUAUGUGGAUGAAAUGCCAUUUAAAUACUUGUUUGAAUAAUUAGAAAAAAAUGCAUGAAGGUGCUGUUUGUGUACGCUUUCUCUACCUGUUUAGAUUGCCUUUCAGAUGUACAGACUUUUGUUCUCUUUAAGAUCUUUCUCCAGAUUUUGACUAUACUGCAGUACUGUUGUGUGUGAAUGCAAGCUACUAGUUUGCCUAUGGAUGUUUCUCAGUAUUAUAAAACUCACUGUGGUGUACCCUAGUGUGCGUGUUAAUAUAAUCAGAUCCCCACUGUUACCAGGAUUUCCUGUGGGGACAAGACUUCCUAUUAGGCUGAAACUACUAAUGCACACCAUUAAUAUUAUUGUAUUCACUGACAUGGUGUUGCUCUCAUUGGAACAGCAUAUAUCUAAAACAUAAAUAUUGUAGGUGUAACUGAACUGUACAGCAUAUGAGGAGUUUAGAUGCAAACCUCUCUAAGUGCAUCUGACAUCUUUUCUUAAAUGAGCAUUUUUAACAAUUAUUAGUUUCAGUAAUUUCACUUUAAUGACAAUGAAAAGGUUAUUGAUCAGUAAUUAAAAUGCCUUAUUUUUUUUUUUACAAAUUUCACUUCAGUCAUUUGAUUGAUAUGUAAAAUAUUUGACUGGAUUUCGCUGCAAAACCCUCUAAGUGCAUUGCAAGCUUCUUUGGCAAAAACCUUGCAACUAGAAACUAGUGCAAAUGAUUGAAGUCAGAGCGUUAAUAGGACUGAACCACAUAUUAAUGGGGGGCUGUGAUCUACUGCCACAAGGGACACAAGUUUGAGUGUGAUCUAUGUUCAUUUCAUGCCCAGUCGUUCAUCCAAUUCACCUUCCGUGCACUUUGCUGAAAAUCUAUGUUUAGGGGAUUCCAACAAAACCGUAUUCUGAAUGGCCUGAGGCAGGGAUUUAGCUAUUUAAAGUGAAGGUAGCCUAUUUGAUGAACAUAUAAUACAUGCCGAGAGCACUUUUGACUGCAUUUAGCGGCUUCUGCAUCUGAACUCUGAAAAAUGUGUUCUUAUGGGGCUUGUUUAUAUUUAUGCAAAAUUAUUAUUAUGUACAGUUUUAAUCAUUAUUUUUAAACUUGGUAUGUUGAUUUUUUAAAAAGAUGCUAUUAAUUUAAUCACAUCUGUGUUGUUUUUCUCUUUUUAGAAUACAAUGUCUGACAAUAAGGUAAGGGGAUGGGCUAUAUUGUGAAUAUGAUCUAUAUCCUUAAGGUUGUUUUGAGUGAGUCAGAUUGAAGCACCUGCAACCUUUCCAUUACCACAGUAUAUUCACAGUACAGUACAACCUCAAAUACUGCAUGCUUUUAUAAAACAGUUACCUACUAUAAAUAAAGAUCAUGUAUUAAAAUAUUUAUUGUAAAA